AUAGUUUGAAACAUGGCGGAAUUAUCAUUUUUACCCAACAAGGCAAAGCUAAAAGUCGUCGGAGCAAAGAAAGAAAUGUCUUUGUAACCCCUUGUUUUCCUCAUAGGUGAAGCUAGCGGUGAGGAAUGGACACCACGUCUGUAAAACGGGAGUUUCGGCCUGGUUCUGGUCGGGUGCAGGUGACUGAGAUGAAUGAAUCUGGCCCAAUCAACCCAGUUCCUGUCGUUAAAGUCCGAGAUGAGGCUGACACAGUGCAUCUUAUUUGUCUCCCCAAGGAGAAGCUGGAACUGCUAUGUGGAACAAAAGAUCUCUCUCAGGUGACCUCGCUGGAAAUCUGCGUGAACACUCAAGAAAAUAGUCUGGGAAACAUUGGUACCUAUUUGCCCAGGCUGGUGCUGCUCAAAAUGAACAACAGUGUGAUCAUGUCAAUGCGAGAUCUGGGAACUACCUUUUCAGAACUGCAGGUGCUGUGGAUGUCUCGUUGCUGCCUACAAGACCUCGAUGGCAUUUCAUCUCUCUCCUCUCUCAGGGAACUAUACUUGGCAUUUAACAAAGUGUCAGACCUGAGUCAGGUUGGCAUGCUGGAGAACUUGCAAGUGUUAGAUGUAGAGGGAAAUGAUGUGGAUGACCUUGUCCAGGUUCAAUAUCUCGGGCUGUGUGGCAAACUACAUACACUCACCUUGGAGGGAAACCCUGUGUGUCUGCAACCAAACCCUACUACCACACAGACUGACUACAGUUACUGGGAUUCAGUGAAGGAGUUGGUCCCUCAGCUGCGUUACCUUGACAAUGCAAGAGUGGAGGAUGGCAGACCAGACUCCAGUGGCACCAUGUGGGAAGACUGGAGCAUUCUGAGAAACUGCAUCAGAGACUACUACACAACGGCUACAGAAGACACAGACAGUGCACGUCCCUACAACCGACCCAGUUCUGCCAGGCGCCCUGCUUCCAGCCUCCGGUCCUUCUCAUCAGCAAGUACUGCUGACUCCAGGCCCUUGACAUCAUCGUCAUCUGGGCUUCUUUCGUCUCCUUUGUCCACACCUGGUUCUGAAGAUUCAGACUUUGCCGAAGUUGAAGCAGACAGCAGCGUCCUCACGCAUGGAGCUGGCAAGAUCGUGUUCUGUGGGAACCCUGUCAAGGCUGUACGAGCUAGACGUGAAAAGUUGAGAACUGCACCCUGUGUGUCAACUUUUAACCCCCGUGACCUGACCAUCCAUAUACCAGAGCACAUGUAUGACCCAGAAGACCAUGAUGGGAACGAGUGUGGUGAUGUUUUUGCUGAACUUAAAGCUUGGAGGGAGAAACAUAGCAGGCGACUUGAAGAAAUACAGAGCGACAGGUUACCUCAAGUACUGGUUGUUCAGCAUGGCAACGAGGAUGAUGAAGAUCAUGAUGAAGGGGAAGGUUUCGAUGGUGUCCACAGUUAUUAUGAAGAACAAAGCGAGGACUGUACCGAUUCAUCUUUUAGGCCUAUUUGUUCAGGCCAGUUUAAACGCACGUUACAUGAUGUGGAUCAACGUUCCUGGUCCUCUGACAUCACACAUUGGCCUUGUCCUCCUCCUAAGUUUUUAGGUUCAAAACCAACCUCUGGUAAUAAUAAGAACCCAACAGGAAUCUGUUCACAGAGGAUUCGAAUUAACCGGGGCACUUCAGAACACAUACUUCAUUCUUACAGCGAUGUUGCAAAGGCUACACAUACAGAGCUGCCAAUCAAGAGUAUCCAGCAGGUGACGAGAACUAAAACGCUUCGACCGCCAUCACCUAUACGCAUGACUCAGUCAUGUAAAAUUGGUAGCCUGAGAGGACGGUUAAAGGAUUCAUGGUAAAGCAUUAUUCAGUUCUUGCCUCUUUUUGUAUUAUUGAAACAGAAUGCAGCUAAUUACCAGGAAUACAAUUUUCAAACUCAUCUGCAGAAUCUCACUCAGGUUGCAUGGUAUGCAAAAUAUUGUUGGCAAAACAAAGAUAAUAAGACAUCAUUAGUCUUAGCAUGACUUCACCCCUCAGUUUUGUUGUUUUAAUUGCUGUGACACUUGAAAUGUUCCAUUUUCUUCCUACCUAUGUAUUAUAUCCAUUCAAUUUACAAAUAGGAAAUAUAAUUUUAUUUUGGAUUAAGUGUAAAGUAAAUAAAAGUUUGGCUUAGGUGUAGUUAUGCUGACAUAAUGGCAACUCAUGGUGUGAUAACUUUAGAAUACCACAUGGGGGCACUAUGUCUAAACAUAUUCAUCCAUAAAACAAUCCAAAAGAGGGAGCCAUAUGCAUAAGGGUACAGUCAGGGUUUUAACUUCAAUGUGCAAAAAGAAGUUGGGUAAAUGGUAGUACAAUCUUAAUCCAGGCUGUCGUAAUAGGGGAUGUGUUAGCUUUGGUUAAUGAAACAAGAUUUAAGUCUCACUGGUUGUGCUUGGUUGUAGUCUGUGUGUCCAUAGGUCCACCAAGAUAAGAACAAUCAUAAAUCCUAUUGGAAAACAAGCAUAUGCACAUGGUAUUUUGAACUGUCAGUGGUUUGUUUGCGUUGUAAGCCUGUGCUUUUGUUAUUAAAGCAAAUUAGUGGAAUUGCUUUGCCCGUGCGGGAUAGCAGACAAACAUAGCAAAUCCCUGCUAACAUCUCUGGUGGAAGGGAGUGUGCACUCUGGAUCCCCAAUCAUUUGGUUCAGAAUGUGGUAAGGGUAACUACAUUUAUGUCAAG